AUGACAGCGCCCACGCUUCGAAGGGCGCUACCCGACUACUAUGCAGCACUUGAGAUACAUGAGGAUGCUGAUGAGGCAACCAUCAAGAAAGCAUACCGCCGCCUAGUGCUUCAAUGGCAUCCAGAUCGAAACCCUGCCGACCGUGAGACCGCAGAGGAAAAGAUUCGGUUGCUGAACACGGCCUACGAGAUCGUGACAAAUCCAAUCAAGCGCGAGACCUACGACUUGCAGCGUGCAGCUUCAAGCAGGAAACGAAAGGCUCAAGCAAAGCCAAGAUCGGCUCCAAGGGUGGAGAUACCCAAAGAAUUCAUGAUGCAGCCUGUCGGCCAUCCUGAGAGCUUCAUCCGAGGUCUGGGCCGCCGAGUUGUCGUUCACUCCAGAGGAGACGCACCGGAUGCGGACUUCAAGACGUUCUUCACCGGAACCAAGCUCGCACUGUGGUGGCUGCCCGAGGUGAACAACAUGUGUCGAAUACGUGGGCUUGGGUCCAAAGCACGUGGCGACAAGAGAGGGGCUGCUGCCGGUCGGGCUGGUGGCCUCAACAUCGCGUUCGACCCGCAAAAGGCCAAAACUGCGGGUGCGGCCGGCAGCGAAGUUCGCCUUGCGCCCGCAAACAAGGGGCAGAAGGUCGAUAGCGUCAAUUUUGUCACCAAGGCCAGUCCAAUAUGCGAGGGCGCGCUUCGCUUUGAAACGGCAAGCCAGCGGGGGCAUUACCUGGCAUACUUCCCCCCAACAUUUCUAAGGGUAGUUCCCUUCCUGGAAGAAGCUGAGGAUCGGGUGCUCGACUUCAUUUUCGUCGACUUUCAAUCCAUGUUCAAGUUCAUCAACCUCGAUGAGGUUUUAGAGCCCGUUUUUAGUGCGGAAGAGCCCGGUGCCUGGAUCGACCUUUCCAAGCUGCAGGAGGACGAAGCUGUCAAGAGCCAUUUCAAAGAGGUGAUGGGAAAGCCUGUCUGGGAUGCGGAGGAUUUCCAGGCCUAUUUCGAGGGUCACUGGUCCACCUUUGAGUACAAGCCCCAGGAGAAGCUGGUACGACUCAGGCCUUGGAAUUCAGGGGCAUUCAGGGGCUAG